GGUGCUGAAAUAGUGAGACGUGGUAGGCUCAUGCGCCAAAAUUAGCAAAUCCCGGUAAGCACAAUACGCAGUGAACAAGGCAACAAGCAGACAAACCGGACGCAAGGUCGAACGCCACCUCCUGCUUUCAACACGUUCGCUCCCCCUCCUCUCUCUCUCUCUCUCUCUCUCUCCGCCGCAGGUGGUGGUGGUGGAUGGCAAGGAGCAACAAAUACGCCUCUGUUAACUUCAACGACAUCUACGAGAAAAAGUUCAUCAACACCUCGUCCAAAUCCUCCUCUGCCUCUCCUUCUCCUUCCCCUUCCCCUUCAACCGCCGCCACCACCUCCGUUGCCGCUACUCACCAACACAAAACACACCUCGCCGCCGUGACCCGCACCCAUGGCCGCAUGCUCGUCCUGACCCGCCCCUCUCCCAAACCCCGACCUCAACCCUCGCUACCACCACCUUCGCCACAGCAACAAUCUCAACCGCAGCCUGUACCAGAUCAAACCCGGUCCGAACCCGAUUCCAUUUCCCUGCGCCCCUUAGGCCGAACUGGGGCCGGUCCAUCGCUGCCCUUGGCGGUUCCGAUCCCGGAGAGAGAUAAGGAGCCUUUGCCGUCGCCCAAGCCGAAUCGAUUUGUGCCACCCCAUCUCCGACCUGGUUUUGUAGGCCGGGAGGAUAAACCCUUGACGGAGUCUCAGAAGCAACCCGGGCUGCGAUCCAGGGAAUUCGGUCACGGGCCGGGGAAUUUCGUGUCACCAAACUGUUACGGUGAAGAAGGACGUCCGAAGUCGAGCGGCUAUGAGAAGGUGAGGAGGGAUGGGGAAGCACAUCUGGGGGAGAUGACUCAGCCGAGUUCAAGUGGGAAUCGGCCAAGUUCUAGUGGAUGAUGCUUUCAUGUAAGUUGAGUUUCCGAGGACCAAGAUCAAUGUUCUUGAUGAUGCAUUUGGACGGUAUGCGGAGCUGCAAUCUCUAGUCCUGGAAUUGGUGUUCGUCUUCAUCAGUCUUGUGUUGGAGAAAGAAAGGUUGGAGGACCCAAUUGCCCACAUUUAUUUUUCUUCUUUCUGUUGAAAAAGAGAGGUGGCUGUGGUGCCCCCUCGCUUGUAGAUUGCACCUGUAUGAUCUAUUAUCUUUACUGCACUUUGUUGCGUCUAGUUCAAGACCGGAGUUUAUGCUCCUCGUUGUGCUCUUCGAUUGCACUUCACAAUCCCUUUCAACGAAUAUUUUUAUCCUUUUUAGUAACAAUUUGCACUUCGAUGCAUCAUCAUCUCUCCCUCACCCAUUGAAUGGUAUUGGCAAGUAGCCCACUUGAAUUCCA